AUAAUAAUAGGACAUGAAGCUUAACCUCCUUUUGUUGUUGCUGAUAAGCUUGGUCAUGAGCUCAUAUGCCAGACCAAUCUUCUCCACUCAAGAAUCUAGUCAAGGAAAUUCUUUGAGAAAUACAGAUUUUAGAGAAGUUGUAGAAGGCUUCUUUCAAGGAGUUAAAAUAGAGCAAUACACUUCUAUUUCCGACGAAUGUGCUGAUGGAUCAUUUGACUUUACUAAUGAAGUGCAAGUUGCAUUGGAUAAGUAUGGAUCAGGUCAAUUUUAUAAUGGAACUGAUGAGAUGACUCAAGCUUUUACCUUGCUUUCCCCACUCUCCAGACACUGUGCUGAUUCUAUUGAGGAUCUUAUCAAAAUUAACAUUGCUUACAAGAAAAAGUUUAAAAACUUCAAUGACUUCCUUGACAAAGUCAGUUCAAAUGUCUUGUGGAAUAUCAAGCAUAUUAAAAAAGAUUUCGGACUAAUCUUAUCUAACCUUAUGGUAGAUUCCAACUACACUGAAAUUGCUUACCUUACUGGUGAUAUUAUUGAUAAAACUUUUGUAUUCGAGCAAGUUGAAGCCCCAUUCUACACUGAGAUGCUAAUUUCUCCAUAUGAGUCUCCUUUGAGAUAUAUUGACACUGACCCUCUUGCAAAGGAUCCUCUCCAUCAGCCACUUUGGAAUUACCUCGAAGGGACAUUUAAAUUCCUUCAUAGCUCAAAACUUGCUUCCAGAGACUCAAUUCUGGAUUGUCAAGAAGGAGCUAUCAACUUCCUCCGCUACGUCAAUAAAGCUAAUGAACUUAACCAUAAGAAGAAUAAGCAGAAGGAGGCUACUUUUAUCUACAUUGAUAGUUUGAGCUUCACUAAUCAGGCCUUCACAGGAUGCGUAAGUACUCUGGACGAAAGUUGGAAAACCUUAGGUCACAUCAGCUUCCGUAAGAUUCCAUCAAACUUCAAGAAAAACUUUGGUAGAAUUCUGUCUGCUGGAACAGCCACUUAUGCUGAGAUUUUCUUCCAAGACUGGCUGAGUCUCUCAGGUGUCAUUGGUGACUUAUUCUACAGAAUUGUAGUGUAUGGAACAAACUAAUAUAUUUGCCUGAUCAUCACCUCAAUGUUUCUC